AUGCAGGGGCUGCUCUCCACUCUCCUCCUCGCUGGCCUGGCGCAGUUCUGCUGCAGGGCACAGCACGCUGGGCCGUUAGAUGCGACACCUGAAGGAAGGCCCGGAGAAGCAUCAGAAGUGCAGCAGCGUAAACAGUUUUGUCACUGGCCUUGCAAAUGUCCUUAUCAGAAGCCCAGUUGCCCUCCUGGAGUGAGCUUCGUGAGGGAUGGCUGUGGAUGCUGUAAAAUCUGUGCCAAGCAACCUGGGGACAUCUGCAAUGAAGCUGACCUCUGUGACCCACACAAAGGGCUGUAUUGUGACUAUUCAGCAGACAGGCCUCGGUACGAGACUGGAGUGUGUGCAUACCUUGUAGCUGUUGGAUGUGAGUUCAACAGGGUACAUUAUCAUAAUGGUGAAGUGUUUCAGCCCAAUCCCCUGUUCAGCUGCCUCUGUGUGAGUGGGGCCAUUGGCUGCACACCUCUGUUCAUACCAAAGCUGGCUGACAGGCACUGCUCUGAAGCUAAAGGGGGAAAGAAGUCUGAUCGAUCUAACUGUGGCCUGGAACCAUUACGACGGCAGCUUUCAACAAGCUACAAAACAAUGCCAGAUGUGUGCCAAGCUUCUAAUCUGUUUCCUGCCUUGAGGUCUUUAAAUUGUUAUCUACCUUCCAGGUCUGAGAAACGCGACGCCUUGUGGGAUACAGCCGCUACUGUCUUUCAGAGACGCCCUUCCGAGUGUAACGGCAUUUGA